UUGUUCGAAGACCAACAACUUACUUGGCGGAUAAAAUUAACGUCGAAGACACAAAAAAUACCACAAAAAUGAAUCAAGCAUUCAUCUUGGCUCAGUCAAGUGCAGGUUUGACCUUACUCGAGCUUCCAACCCUCAAAAAUCACAAUGUUUACACAUCGCAAAAGCUGACGGGCAUCUUCAAGGAUCAAGCAAAGUCCUUGACGGGCACAGAACUCAUCGGAAUCACAAAUCAGCCGGUUUUCGUUCAACUUUACGACGAUCAAAAAAGUAUGGAGUUGCUUCGUGUCAAAUCUGUGGAUGGAAAUGGAAUCGUCGAAAAAAUGAAAAAAAUGUCAUUUUCCCAGACAAUGUCAACGAUCGCAGGUCCAAAGAAGGAGUCAGCUGACAUCGCAGUGGGAUAUGCAACAGGUCAUGUGCGCCUCAUAAAUUUCCAAACGAAUGUUCGCACAAAAUCAUUCAACCCUGACGUGAUGAAUAACUUGGUAGAAUGGAUCGAUUUCAACUGUAACGACGAGUAUGUCGUCGUUCUGUACGACAACGGGCACGUUCGCACAUUCAAUGUCAAAACGGGAAUUUUGAGCGAAAAGAUCAAGGUUGAGAACUCCAUCGGCGUAAUUCGUUACCAUCACUCGAAGCCGCACAUAAUGGGAAUGGCAUCACGUACCGGCAGCAUCCAUAUUUGGGAUUCGUUGAAAAAACGGCAAAUUUACAAGGAUUCCGAGGCACAUAACGCCCCCAUACGGGACAUUGCAUGGGAUGCGCAAAAUCCCGACAUUCUCUAUUCAGGCGGGUACGAUUGUUGCGUCAAAGUUGUCGACAUCCGGAAACGUUUUUGCGAAUUAACGCUCAAAAAUCAGCAUCCCGUGAACUGUUUCAACGUCUCGUCGUGCGGAAAUUUCAUCACGACGGGAAAUUUGGCGGGUUUUGUGACUUUAUUCGAUACGCGUCACACGAAAAGGUUCGUUUCUGAGGCAGAUUUGAGCGGCGGCAACUCAAAUGUGAAAAUUCAACGAAUAAUCGAAGUGCCUUUCAAUCGCGAGACGACUUUGCAGUCCGAACAGAGCAAUGUGAGCAUCUCCGAGACUCAACUCGACACUUCUCCAGCGAAUAUCACGCCAAAUACCGAAAUAGAUGACUUGAUUGCCGAAGCACGGAACAACAAAGCGCGCGUUAGCAUCAGCGGAGAUACGGUUGGCGAUCUCUCGAUGGGUUUCGGACAACGUGCCUCCAUCGCAGGACGUCGUUCGAGCAUCGGCAUGGGCGGAAAACGUCUUUCAGCGGAUUUUGGAGCGCAAAAUCUCAUGCGAUAUUUGGAUAUUUCGACGGAAAGUGUUGAUUCGCCCGUCAAAGCGUCACCCACGGCAUCCGAAAGCUUCUCCAAACGACGUUCCUUACACAAUAUCUCCGAUAAUGCGAUCCGCGAGCAACAAGAACCCAUUUCAACAACACCCAAAAGCAGCACAAUCGCGUCAUCGCGUCUCAAUACGCUGAAAAAAGUCGAUGAAUCUGAGGAAGUUGAGACUUUUGGCACACCUCCAACGCAUCUCGUGCCCGAAAUCACGCAUCAAAGCGAAAAUAAGGAAAAUACUCCGUUCAUUCCGAAUUCCAUGCAUUCCAGCACGCCAAAUAUCGCGGCGCAAGUCAGCUCGAAACAAAGUUCGACGAUAAAUAUUGCUUCGGAAACGGGAAUUGCGGAGAAACAAACUCCGCCAACGCUUUCGAAUACAAUUUCCGGCGCGGAUUUGAGUCAAAUUAUGAACGCCAUUAAUGGAUUGCAUGCGCGAAUGGAUAAACUAGAGGCGAAUAUCAAGGAGCAGGUCAUGCAAACGCAAUUUCGGUUGCAAGAAGAGCAUUACGAGCGAUUUUGGGGCAUUCAUAACACGUUGUUGCUGCAGGCGGGACAGAUUAAGGAUCGCAUUGCGGAAGUCGAUGAAGGCAUGAAUGUCAUUGGAGCGUACUUGAAUUUGGCAUGUCCGAUACCGACAGAACAUGUCGACUUGCCAUUGAGCUUGGAACGGAUUCAUGACGUCAAUGAGGAGCGAGAAAAGCAAUUUUGAGAUUUUUUUUAUUAUUUUUGAAUCUUCCGUAAUAUUUUUUUUUGUAUCAUUUUUACUCGUUAAAUAAUAAAAUAAAGAAUUUUUUGUACUAAUAU